AUGAACCGCCCCAAGCCCCCCUCCUUCCCAGAGACGCCUGACGAACUCACUACUAGUUAUACCCAAAAACUCGAGGAAAACCACGCCGCGUCCCAGGACCAGGAGCAGUCUCUGCGGAUCCAGGUCAAGGAGAGAGAAGCUGUCAUUCAGUACCAGAAGGAGCAGCUAGCAGCCGACCAGAAGCAGAUUACUAAACUCGAGAUUAAAAAGACCCAGCUUACUACAGCUACUACACCUGCGGUACUAACACCCCCGGCCGUCACUACGUUUCCCUCUAACCCCGUUGGCGUUGCUAAAGCCUCCGCAGACGACCUAACGGGACCGCCUGCGCCUAUUACUCCCCUAAGUUCCCGAACUCCUAGCCUUAGUGAGAGAAUACCUAACCCAAAGGAAUUUAAUAGAACUUAA